AUGGGUUGCAAAUACGAGGAGCAAAAAUAUCCAGAAUCGAUUGUAAAAGCACUAUCAGCAUUAUCUUUUAGUUGUGUGAAUAGCAAGAAUGGUUGCCUUGAUCCAAUUCCAUAUAAUGCACUUUAUGAUCAUGAACGUUAUUGUGGCUUUCGGCUCAAAAAUUGUAGCGGUCGUAAGAAAGAAAUGAUAGAAAAAGAAAUUAAAGAUCAUGAAGCUAUUUGUGGUUUUGUCAAGCUCUAUUGUAACAUAUGCGAAACAUAUUAUCAACGGCAACAUGGGCAUGAUAAACUGGAUUGUGUCUUAGGAAGACAAGAACAUGCACAGAAUGAAUUUAAAAAAUGCAAAGAAGAAUACCGUCAACUGGAAGCUGAAAUGCAAAACAAAAGAAGGCAUUAG